CCAGAGACAUGACAUAACAAAUAAUACUAAAAAUCGUCAUAUAAUGAAUCCCUCCAACCCUCUCGUUCUUAACAUAUAAGUAUGAAUUAUUGAUAAAGGCAAACAGCAAAACAUGACGAUGGAAACACUCGUGUUAUCAAAAAAAAAAAAAAAAUUACACCAAGUUGGCGCGCGGAGAAGUAGCUGCAAAACUGCUGCGGCAAAAAUUUCAAUUUGGAAAAUAAGUUGGAAACGUCGGUAACACUGGGUACGCGUCGACCAAUCACAACGAAGCUAUAUUUUUUCCUUGUGUCGUGGGUCGUGGGAAGGAGAGGUGAAACACGCGGGUAAAUGUUUGAACGUUGGAACGGAUUUGGCCGUUUCUGCUUUCGUUAAUGGUUAUCGCGUAUAUAGCGGCUUAAGGAGUGUAUGUGUAGUGUUUCUUCGUAUAAUGUUAAAAUACGUAUUGUUUUCGUUAUUUUUUAACUAUGUUCACGUGAAGAAAAAUGUGGAGUAAUAUCCAGAAAAAAAAUGGUCCAAAUGAAGUUACAUUUAAUAUCAGCAUCGAAUAAAUCAAAUUUAAAGACUUCUUCUAACAUGGGUUUGCAAAUGUUGUCAAAUAGCGGUAAACGAGCGCGAGAGGAUUGCCUGAACGGGUGCGGCGACGACGACGACGACGGUCCGAUGCCGGCCAAGUUGGGCAAAACCACCGAAGACAGCCUGUGGGACGAGUACUACCCGGCUGGCAAAUGUUACCAAUGCAACGAACCAGGCUCAGCGGUGGCUCCGAUCGCCGCCGGAGCUGCGGUCACGACGGCCGCGCCGACCUUCUACAGUUCGGCUUCGGCGUUCGCCUGCGAACAAUACAAUCCGGCCAGCACCCAAUGUUGGCCUGCUCAGCUCACCCAUCAAGGGUCGCCGACGAACAACAACGUGAAUCCUUCUUCGGCUGCGAAUGCGGCCAACCAAACGAACGGCAGCAGCCAGAACCAGUGUAGUGGUGUACAUUUAAGUAAUCAUAAUACUAUGUGUAACGGUACCGCGGUGAUCGCGAAUUCGUCGAGUAUAUCGGUAUCGGGAGGUGUCGCGACCGUGCCCGGUUCGCCGCCUCAUCCGGCCUCCGUAGCGCCCGUUUUUCACGGCGGUCCGGUCUCGCCUCAGGCUCUGGCCGCAACCGUACCGCCGAUUCAUCCGCACGCCGCUCAGCAACAUCAGCAACAUCAACAACAGCAGCAGCAACACCACCACCAGCAGCAGUCGCAGCAGCAGCAACAGCAACAACAACAACAGCAGACCAUCAGAUGCGACGAGAAUGGCAAAUCGUACCUAGAUUUGGGCAGCGGUAGCGCGCCGCCAACCCCUCAAAAUUCGUCGAACGUGUUCAGUAGUAGUCGGUGUUGUAAUCCGAGAACUAAGUGGUGUAUGUGCGGUCCGUCGUGCUAUCGGCAACGUAGAUUAACAGUUUUAAAUAUUUCUAUGUGUAAAUUAGGUCGUUAUAGACAAUUCACCGAUCCGAGCCUGUAUCGUUCGGUGCUCAUAUGCAACACGUUAAGGUACAUCGAACGCGAAAUGGAGCAAGAGGGAUGUUUCGCCAAUAACCAGCAGCAGCCUCCGCUCAUCGUACUCGAGCCUCCGCCGGAACCUCCGCGAGCUCCGACGCCCUAUCCUCAAACCAGCCUGCCCGAAGAUAACGAUUCCGGCAUCGGCGACGAUAAUCGUAGCAUUAAUUGGGGCUCCGUACUCAGCCUGUCCAGCCAAUCGGAUCUGGAUCCUUUGAACAACAACGACUCGCUGGGCGAGUUGGAUUUUAGUCAAGAUUUCGAGGAUAUCAUACCCUCCUGUAAACUGACACCGCUCAGUGUCGACGAUAUCCUAAAAACCGUGCCACCUACGACGCAACCGAGCAAAGAAUCUCCAGAUAUCGAUAAUAUUAUGCAAGUAUUAAGGUUUACCAAUUAAUAAUCCCUUUUUCCCCCAUAUUUUUUUUUUUAUUAUUGUUCUAUUAUUAUUAUGAUUUUUUUUUCGUUAUUUUUUUUUUCGUUUUACUCUUUUCUUCCCCGUAUUUUUUCUAUAUUUUCGCCACCCCCUCCUCCAGAUUCCUUCCCAUCCCAUAAAUUUUAUUGUCCGUCUGGUUCUAUCCAUUUUAUUAACUGUUUCUUUUUCUUCUUCUGUGUCUUUAUUUCCUCUUCUUCGAUUUCUUCUACGCCUUUCUCUUUGUGAAUUUUCUCCGGACGCGUUUAUUAUGUACGACUUUUAUAAUAAUACUGUACCCCACACACCAAAAAAGAACACAUACACGAGAAUGAUGAAAUUUACAUUUUACGUAGACAUCGUCUCUCGUCUCGGUAUUUUUUAUUUUCCAAUUUUUAAAAAGAAAAUUUUUUCAUUUUUUUUCUUCAAAUUUUCGAGAAAAAAAUUUCGAUUGCGAAGUUGAAGCGAAUUUAUUUUUCUCUCAAUCCUUUUUAUUAUUUUUCUUUCAAUUUUUUUUCCUUUUACGAAAACUUUCACGGGCUGACUUAUGCUAGUACAUUAUGCAGCCCUGUUAGUAGGAACGGUUUGUGUGUAACGUGUACGAGAGUUUGAGAUAUUUUUGUUACGCUUUCGGUUGUACGUCUACUCGAAGUCUAUACGUACGCUAUAUACGAGUAUCUACAGAUACACGAAAGCAGCAGCAAUCUUACCAAAAAUAACUUUGGAAAUGCGUCGUCGUCGCGUGUUUUAUGUACUAUUAUAGUAUUUUGAAACGUGUUUGUGUUGUAGUCGCAUUAAAUGCGCAUUUUUUUCGACGUCCUGUUUGAUUUUAUACAAAAAAAAAUAGAUUUUUUCCCCCAAUAAAUGAUCGAUUGAUUCGAUCUAUUCCCCCUCUGCUCUCUGCUGGCUGGUCUGGUGGACGAUUAAAUUUUGGAUUUUUUAUUCUUUUCAACUUUCGGAGAUUUUAAUUUUACUCUUUGAUUAGGGAGUUUUGAUUGCAGAAAAAUCAAAAUUAUUUUUACGACCAUUAAUUUAUUAUAAUAUUUUGCUCGUACGCGUGCGUUUAAUAUUGGAAAAUUUUUAUUUAAGAUGAAGUUUUUUUUUUCUAAAAUUCAUGUUGGUGGUUCGUUAGCUUUAAUUUUUAUUCGUAUAAUUUAGUUAUUUAGGAAAUGAUCUGUGAUUGUAUUGUUAUUUUUCUCUUAUAUAUUUUACGAGUUCGCCCUCUUUUUUUUUCUCUCUCUCUUUGUCUGUAUGUUUUUGUCUCUCUUUGUUUGUUUGUCUCCCUCCCCCCUUUUUUUCGUCAUUUUUUUUGCGAGAGUUUGAACACAGUUUCAGUCAGGUUUUUUUUGGUUUUUCGAACUCUUAUAAUGCGAAUAAUACGUAACUAGAAAUUUUUUAAAAUUUUAUGGUGCUAUUUGUUUUUAAAUUUUUUAUUUCGAACUCACCAAGUGAGUGAUUAUUUCGAUGUUUUGACUUACUGGUGUUGUGUGUCCUCCAUUAAGGUCUUCCAUGCGAUUUUUCUCGUGACUGGCGAAUGUCUAAAUUGACAGGGAGGAGGGGGAGGGGCUGCUUGUGAGAAAAUCGACUUAAUACGUUUGUCCAGGUAUCAAUUUUGAUGAAUUUUGAGUUUUGGAAUCGUUAAAUUCUGAUUAUUAGAAUGUGUUUGGAUAAUAUUGGAAUCUUAUUUUCAAAGAAAAUCCUAAUUUUUCAGAAAAUAUGUUUUUGAUUUAUGAAAAAUUGAAAAUAAAAUUCACAAUUUUAAAAAAAAUGCAGAAAAAUUUUAAAAUUGAGAAAAAAAUUAUAUUUUUUUUUCAAAGUUGAUUCGUUUUUCAAAACAACUUUCAAAGAAAAUCCUAAUUUUUCAGAAAAUAUGUUUUUGAUUUAUGAAACAUUGAAAAUAAAAUUCACAAUUUAAAAAAAAAUUUACUGUAGAAAAAUUUUAAAAAUUUUAAAAAGUUCAAUGUUUUUUUCCAAAGUCGAUUUUUUUGCGAAAUGAAUUAAUCGAUCGAUUGAUUGAUUUCACAUUUGUUAGCCCCCCCCCCCCUAGAAAAGUUUUCCAACAGUCGAUAAAUUUUGUAAACAUGGAAAUUUUUUGGUAUCUUAGUUAGAUUAUUUUAUUCCUAUUUAAAAACUGUCUCAUUUUCAGCCGAUUACAUUUAAUUUCAUUCAAAAUUACCCUCCCCCUCCUCCCAUUCUCGGUUCAGAAUUCGGGAAAAAUUUAGAAAAUUUUGGAAUUUUGCUUCCUAAAAGAUAUUGCAUUUUUAUUCGACCCUCUUCCUCUCCCCCCACCCCCCCACUUUACCACUUCACAAAUCGUGCUUUGGAAGAUUUGAAAAAUUUCCAAGUUCUGGUUGUGAAGUUGGAGAGUUGUCUUCAAAACGAGAAUUUUGAUAUAUUGUACUGAUUUUGGUGAAUUUUUUUGGUGAAAGCCCCCCCCCUUCACCCUCCGUCGUUAAAUUUCAUCUCGAUUUUGAGAAAAAAAAUUGAGGUUUUCGUUUCCAAGCAUUGAAACUGAAAGUCUUUUCGAAAAUUAUAAAUCUAGAGAUUCACCUCAUUGGAUUUUUCCACAGUCAAUUUUUUUGAAAAAUUCAAAGAAUCGUUUUAAAUUACUCUUUUUUAUUUUUGAAUUUCUUAUCUGUGUAAAAAUCCCCUCUCCCUCUCCCACUUUUUCAGAAAAAAUUGAAAAAAUUAUUUUGAAAAUUCAAUGGGCUGAUAUUUUUUUCAUCUGAAUUUUUUAUUAGUUACUUCCUCCCAUUUUUCUUCUUUAUAAAUACUUCGGAAAAAAAAACCUAGACAAUGAGAAAAAAUUUGAAAAUCACUUUUGUAGUUAGCAAACUUUUCAUUUUUUUAGAAUAAAUGUAUCUAUUGUUUUCGAAUUUCGACAAAGUAACCUAUUUGCACCAGUUUUAUUUUCAAAUUUUGAACAUUUCAUCUCUAAAUUGACGAGUAUUCUCUCCCCCCCCCCACAAGAUUUGAAACUGUGUUCCUCGUUGAAAAUUUAGUCUAAUUAAUGGGCAGCUAUUAGUGUAAAAAAGAUCGAGUAUUUUUUAAUUAUUUUCAAAUAAAUCAAAUUCAACAGCAAUAUACUAAAUUACAACUGGUCCUUAUGCUAAAAUAGGUUAUAUUUUUCUGCAUUUUAUUCUCAUUACAUAAUAAAACACAACUUGAUGAAAGUCACAAAGUCAUAAAUAGGUUUUAUUGAAAAAUUGUUUUUUAAAAAGAAUUUUUUUUACCUAAACAUUCGGGUUGCUCAUUAGUUUAAUAUACGAAUUUCUAAUAUUCUAACGUUUAUAUAUUUUAUUACGAGUAAUUUCUUUCUUUUCUUUUUUUAACCAAUACAAAAAAAUUGUACUUAAAUAGUCUUAAAGAUAAUAUUUUUACGUUUUCAUUUAUUUCAAAAUUGAUGCAAUUUUUUUUACAAACGAAAGUUUCACCGUGAUACGUGUCAUUUUUCCUCAUGUACCUACCUAUCUUUUCCUAUAUACCUUCGCCGAUAUAUUAUCGAUUUUGGUCAUCGAUGAUGAUGAUGAUGAUUCCUGCAAUAUUGGAAAAUAAAUGCUCUGUACUUGGUAGAUACAUAUUUUAAUGAAAAUUAUAUAAAUGUAAACAAAGAAGGAAAAAACUAAAUAAUAUACGUAGUAUGAUGGAAAAAAUCGCACGGCCGUCCAAUUCAGCUAGAUUAUAAUGUAGCAUGUAACUGGUCUACUUACUUACUUACGUAUAUAAAAAUGAGAAUUUUUUGCGAGAAAAAAAAUUUCCAAAAGUCCUGCGUAAAUUUUAAGUAUAAAAUUCUAGAUUUAUUUUAUUAUCGAUACAUAAGCAAUUAAAUGUUACCAUAUGAUUGUUACUCUGUUUAAAAAAUUAUAUCAGUAGGUACCAUUAUGUAAUGUACUUGCGUGUGUGUUUCAUUUAUUUAUUUUUUUAAUACAGCGAUAUUGUGUAUUAAUUGAGAGAUUAUAAUCGUUUGGAAAAAAAUACAAUUCUUAAGCUAGUAGCAAAUUUCUAGUUUAUAUUUGGCUCCUUUUUUUUUUCUUUUUUUUUCAAAUGAAGAUAAGUUUAAGCGUGUACCUAAGAUAAGCUGUCGAAAGCUGUAGUGCAAUACCGAAUAUCUGAGGAUUUUUUUUUCAUCUUAGAUCGAAUGUUCUAAUUACAAAAAAUACGCCACGUUUUGUGCAGUGAAUAUUUUUUUUGGUCGAAUAGAGAAAAAAAUGCUCCAAGAAACGUGUCAGGUGAUUGGAAAAUUUGAUUAAAGAAUGAAAAAGUGAAAAAAAAUUACAAAAUAGGUAAACAGAAAAAUAAAAUACUUAAAAAAAAACAUUUAAAUUCACGGCUGUAUAACUCGCAAAAGUAACCAACGAUGGUGAAAUAAUUUCCUUAAUUUUUAUUUUAUUAUUAUAUUUCAUUUCUUUCCUCUUUUUUUUUUCUCAAAUCUGAGCUUGGAAUUUAAAUGUUUCCUAUUUGGUAAUCGAAUGAUUCACCUCGAAUAGAUGAUGUUUUUUUCCACAUUGGGAAUGGUCGGCUUCGUCUUAAUUUAUUUAUUCGCCGGUUAUUUCCCCCAAUAUACGAAUAGCGUCUCUUGGUGGAGAAAUUCGAUUAGCAAAUUUUUUAUACUGGUCAGUGCAAAUAUUAUAAGUAUUUCAAAUGCAUUUUUGUACAGUUUUUAUAUUUCCCCCCUUUUUUUUUCUUUCUAAAACAAAUUUUAAUAUUUUAGCUAUGAGAACAAGAAAAAUGCGUCGUGUUAACUUUUUUUUUUCUUUUUUGUAUAUUCGCAUUACUGUCGUGUAUCGUAAAUGUAUAUAAUCAUGAUCUCUUAUUUGAUAUAGAACAUAAUGUAUUUUAAUGUAAAUAAUUCGUGUAUAAAUUUGAGAAACAUGUUUUGACAAUUAUUUCAUUAUAUUUGUUUUUUGAA